GUGCAGAGAUUCGAGAGGGCUGGUAUGUUUAUUGCAGUUCGAAAGCCAAAGCUCAUUGGCUGGCGCGGAAGGGUGCAUCUCUGAAGCUGUAAAGGGAAGGAUUAAGCAAAGAAUUUAACCAGCGGACGCACUAAAACACGACAAUUUACCGGAAGAACCAGCGAGAGUGAGUUUCAUUUGUUUUGAAUUGUCUAUGAGCUCUUUCCAAACGUAGUUGGAUUUAUCGGGAUUGGUUGUAUUCAGUGGAAGACCCCAGCAGCAUAUCAGAACUUCAGAAGACAGGGGGCAGAGUCACUAUUGGCUUUUUCUGGUUCUUAUUCAAAGUAUACCCUUGCCUGAACUGAUCCAACUAAGAAGGCCCUAGUGCGAUGCCCACAAGUGAUACGUGGGCUGGACAAUUUCCCAUGGAUUCCAUUGCCAGUGUCAGUAUUGUUGGAAGCUGCAACAAUGUAAUCAGCACUAACUCUGCUUUUAACGAUGAGUACUUGGACUAUCUUUCAGCAGAAGAGAGGGAAUGUCUCAUGUUUCUUGAAGAAACUAUUGAUGCAUUAGAUAUUGAAGACAAUAAUGGGUUAUCUACUGAUGAAUUGGAGCAAACCAAACAUUCCACUAAAACUGAGAGUGUGCCAGAAAGACCUAUCCUGUCACACCCUGAAUUAGGACAUCGUCAAAGUCCAGAACCUGAUGGAAAAAUCCCAAGAGCAGUUUUACCAAACAACAAGAACAACAGCACUGAAUUCAUCUCCCCACAGACAGUGCAGGAAAAAUCUGGAGCAUAUAAAUUCCCACGGGCAGUUUCACCACACAGCAAUAAAAACUGUACUGAUUCCACAUCCCCACAGAUGGUGCGAGCUAAAACUGGAGCAAAUACUUUGCCUAAAUAUACCCAAAAACCUAGUGCUGAAAGCAAAAGCAUGAUAUCCAGUCAGAUAUCAGAAUCCAGAAGAACUCCCAUGCCUUCUGAAGAUACAAGACGAAGAUCCAAUAGUGCAAUAGUUCAGCAUGCAUUGGUAGUGUCUAUUGAAGAAAAGACAAAGUUAGGUCCUCCCACGGCUCCAAAACCCCGGAAACUGCCAUCCAAUAUCAUACUGAAAAGCUUCCAGAAGAGUGAUAAUCUUAUGGUACCUAAUAGAAACUCUCAGAAUAGCUUUAAGGUACCAAAAGGUGCUGCACAAAAUGAUGGAUAUAAUUUAUCUAGGGACAACAGCACUGAUGAGGAAGUAAAACAAGUAAGAAUGCAAGCUUUGAGUAAGUUAGGAUUGCUGUCAGAGCCAGAUGGCCAGAAAACCAAUUCAGCAAGUCCUCCAAGUCUAAAAACAGAGGGGACAUCCAUUGGUCAGACCGUCACAGCGAGUAAUGAAGUUAAAAGGAACCAACCAGAAAUGUCAGCGAAAAACACCAACAGUCUGAAACGUCCAAUUGGAAUUGCACCUCCUCUGAACCAUUCAGCAGCCACUGCUGAUGACCUUGGCGUGAGUGGCACAGCAAAUAAAAUGACAAAUGUGACUGUGGGGAAUGCAAACAGAGUGCAGUGGCAACUGGGUUCCACAAAAUCGAGCAGUUUAAAAAGGUUUCCCACAGCCAAUGAAAACGCCCCUCCAACCGUGAGCAUCGGUUCAGCCCGAACCAGCAUGCCAACCACCACGGUCCUUAACCCUGGCAUGAGCAAAACACUCCCUCUCGCAAGAAGACCAGCAAAUGCAAGCGAGGGAGAAGUGAAAAAUAUAAAUGCAGCACAGUGGCAGUUUGGUGCCACAAAGGCAAGUAGCUUAAAGAGGUUUGGCACAUCUAGUGAUCAUAAUCAGCCCACCUUGCAUUCUGAUGCUGCUCGAAAUACUUCGAUUGGUGCUGCCUCUGCUUUUGGUGUGAACACGAACAGUAGGCCCAGACCUGUGUCGAUUUGCUCAGAGAAGGAUUUGUCAGUCAAACAUGGAUCUACAUUAGAAGUUGUAUCAUCUGAUAAACCAGGAAGGAAGUCUUUUCCAAUUACAAUAAACCAUAUUUCGACCAAAUUUCAGAAAUCUCCACCAAAGGCGCUUAAUGUGCAAGUUGCGCCACCAGGACCAACCAGCAAAGACCACAGAGAAGCACUGAGAAAACUUGGCCUUCUAAAAGAAUAGAAAUGAGUUUAAAAGGCUGCAUACGAUCUCAUGGACUUGAGGACAGUUCCAUCAACGUGCUGGAAACCAAUUUAUCUAAAACAGGCAAUAACUUACUGCCAUAUAAAGCCAUAGAGUCAUUGCAAUCUCUGACAUGGGAAUGAAGCUGUAGAAUUAGAAUAUGGUUAAAGAGAUCAAUUUAAAAUGAGCUGUUUUAUUUUGUGUAUUUAAAUUAAUGUAACUACUGCAAUUUUGCCACCUUUUGAUAUAUAAAGCAUUUUUUUUUGCAUGUUCACCUUGAUUCAUUUUGUGGGAUGUGACCUCUGAAUGCUUAGUAAAUUGCAAGACAGCUUUCCAGUUUUUCAAUAGUAUGUGUCCACGCUUGGACUGUUGUUCUAUUUGUUGGAACCAAUAACCAAGACUUCAUUAGAGAUUCUAUUAACUUUCUUAAUGGGAGCAGUCCUAUUAUUAAUGUCAAAGUACAAUUAAAGACUUCCAUGUUUUGCAGUAAAAAUAACUGUUUCAAAAUGCUCUCCUUUUAAAACAAUGACUUAUGUUGUAUGACUCUUCAGAGAAAUUUUAGUUUUUAUUGAAAGCAUUGUUUUAAUUAUGACACUGCGUAAAUGUAUAAUUAAGUGCAUUCUGACUUUUUGUAUGUGUGGAACUUCCUGUAUAGAUACUCUGUGUCUCAUUAGAAAAAAUAUUCCAACUCUGCCCCAUUUCUUUCUAGUAUCACUUCACAUUUUUUUAAUUAAUUCCAUAACAAACCAUUAUAUCUAUCUAAAAAUUGACUAAUUAUGAUUAUAGUAAUUGUCAUGUACAAAUGCUAAAUCUAAUAUGUAUUAAGACGUUAUUUCAGUUUGUAAUUUGUAAAUGAACUAGUAAUUCACUUACCUGCCACAAGUCGUGAAUUUAAAGCAUUAAUUUCCAAGCAGUACUAUAAAUCUUUUAACCUAAGUUCUAAGUAUAUUGUUUUUAAAUAUUUCCAGCUGAUUUUACAAUAAAUGUUCAAAUUUGGUAAUAAAUGGUACAGAAUACUGUUAUCCAAUGCUGAAAUUUGCAAGAUUUCAACAAGGCACACACUGAUGUUGUUUUCUUAUAAGUUUUCUCUGGCCUUAACUCAAGCCUUUCUACAUGACAGCUGCUAAAUGGACAGUAGGCCCUUCCUUUUUCUCUUUUAGCAUCUAGUUUCUGUUCUCUUUAGGUCAUUUCCUAUCAACUACCUGACAGGAUGAUAUUUUGUCAGAACCAUAAUCUCUUGUCCAAUCACCAGGAAUAGAUUCCAUUGGUUUCUUUAAGAGUAUUUAACUAAAAUGAAUUGCAAAUUGUCUGAAACCUGUUUAACUGCUGCAAAGCACCAUUGACCACAAACAUAUGUUGCGUUACUGUAAAUACAUUGAGUUUGACAUUGGGAAGCUUGUAGCCAUUUAUAUUGGAUAUAUAAAACAAAGAAAUGAACCAGUUAAUGUGCAAUUGAAUAUUUGAAGUGGAGGUGCAAGAGAAAAUACUUCUGAUUAAAAUUGCAAGAAUUGGCUUGUGCGAGAACAGAUUUCUUCUAAAAUUUGAAUAGCUUUUCAAUUUAUACUACAGAAAAUUAGUGCAGGGCUGCAUGCCAAUAGUGAACGUUCAUUUAUAGUUAACCAGUUACAAUGCUCAGGGUCCUUUUUUAGUGCUUGAUUUAAGGUAAGAAUAAGAUUGUUACAAUUAGCUCUGUGCUUGAAUUAAUGAGGGGAAAUUAAGCCAAGACAUCUGGUCACUAUCUAGCAUCUCCCUGAAAGUAUGUAUUCAUACUGCAAUUCAAUGGCUGAGCAACUUAUUCGACAUUGUACUCUCAUGGUCAAAUGGCCUCUGGUGCAGGUGCUGCUCAAGAAUGAACAAGUCAUUUAGCUAGGAUUCCACAGGAGAGCAACAUCAAAGGGGAGUUUCUAAUUCUAACUUCAUCUGAUGACACUUCUCCUCCAGGCUCUCACCAUUGAUAACUUGGCACCUCCAUCUUCAAGAUACUCCACCUUCAUCUUUUGGGGAGUAGUGUCUUGAUUAUCUGAAUGCUAGUCACAAGAUGCCAAUUUAUUUCUUCAUCAAAUCCUUAUGCAAUGAAAACACAGCUCUUAUUAAUUUCUGAUUUUUGUCCUGGAUUACUUGUAACAGUGUCUGAAAGAGUAAUCUUCCAUUCCUAGAUACUCUAAGGUUGUAAGCUGUACAUUAAGGAGGAAUUAAAAUGAUUUAAAGAAUACAUUUUAAUUAGUUUAAAAAUAACAUUUGUGCUUUUCUUAAACCCCCCUCUCCCAUUAGUAUAGUCACCAAGAAUCUUCAUGAGAAGGAUCAGUAGCUACAUCUAAUUUACCUAAGCUCAAAGUAUCUAGUUUAAUGCAAAAUGCUUUAAGUGCUGGGAGGUGGAGGAAGUGAGGUGAAAGUUUAGUGUUUCAGCUUUUUUGAUCAUGCAAACAAAGUGGUUUUCUGAUGAGAAUCUUUUUAUUGUUUCACAAACCAUAACGUUUGAGAUUUCUGGAGCCCUUAAACAAAAUAAUACAAUUACCGUGUUGUUUUAUUCAAGAUUUGUCCUGAUAAUUUACAAGGAAGGGGUGAUAUAGAUGAAUGAAUGACAAUUUUCAAUUGUUUUUCAAUGUAGCUUUAUACAAAAAAAAGUGCUGUGACAUAGAUAUGGUUUUCAAUUUUU